CGUCAGUGGCUCGAACGGCAGUCACGCAUGUGACAUGUGACCCAUAUUCUGACCGUACUGUUUGACUUGAUGAUUGAGUGACACGUGGCGAUCCCAGUGACUUCGAUGAUGUUUUUGAGAUUUAUAUAAUUCUUGUAUUCUUGUAGCAUUCGCAGAACAUUAUAACAUAUCUACAUUGAAAAAAUUGAAUCGAAUAACAUAACGUUGAAUAACAUAACAACACACACACAUUGGAUGUGCGACGAUUAAUAAAAUAUAUAUAUUAGCGAAUCAACGUGUGUAUGUGUAUACGUACGUGCGUGUAACAUUGCUAUAUUGCACCCAAUUUCUGUGUUAUGUAAUAGUUAUAUUUUAUGUCUGUUCGGCUCACUCAUUAAUCAUCUAAGAUUAUACACAAUGUUAUCGCGUACUUUAUGAACUUAAUAUACUCGUGAUAAGAACAUUACAGCAUGGGCGGCUAGAAUCGUCCUCUUAAAUUCCUUUUCCCGCCUUACUCGAUGUAGUUGAGUCUCAGACGCAAGAUGUACAAGAACUCGAAGUCUGAAAGAUCGUCGGACGAUUUGAAUUCAAGAGCUGUAGAAAUUCUCCGCGAAUACUUGCGGAUACCGACGAUACAUCCGGACAUUGAUUAUGAGGAUUGCGUGGCGUUUCUACGAAGACAGGCGGCUUCUCUUCAAUUGCCGAUCCAUGUUCACUAUGUGCGCCCCGACAAACCGGUAGUGAUCAUCACAUGGGAAGGAACAGAUCCGGCCAAAUCAUCGAUUCUCUUGAACAGUCACAUGGACGUUGUGCCAGUUUUCGAGUAUGAAUGGACUUAUCCGCCGUUUGACGCGCACAUGGACGAAAAGGGCGACAUUUACGCUCGUGGUAUUCAGGACACGAAGGCCUUAGGAAUACAAUACCUGGAAGCGAUUCGCAGACUCAAGUUGAAUGGUCAACGUGUGUCGCGAACUGUUCAUGUUUCCUUCGUGCCAGACGAGGAAAUCGGCGGAAUAUUCGGGAUGAAGGAGUACGUGCGUAGUGAACACUUCAAGUCCCUGAAUGUCAGCUUCAUGUUAGACGAAUGCUGUGGCGAUAACAAUACUCCAACCUUCUUGUUUGCCUAUGAUGAAAAGACAAAGUUGGUGCUGAGUAUAAGAUGCGAAGGUAUUACCGGCCAUGGCUCGUUGUUAUAUGACAACACAGCUGGGGAAAAAUUCAGAGUCAUGAUUGAUCGCAUGAUGGACUUCAGAGCAUCGGAGAAAGCCAGAAUGUCACAAAAGCAUGAUUUUAGUGACGUAACAGCGUUGAAUCUUACAAUUGUCAAGGGUGGAUUGCAAAAUAACGUUAUACCUCAGGAGAUCACAGCCGUAAUCGACGUUCGGUUACCGCCUUCACGCGAUCCCGAUGAAUUCGAGGCUAUUGUUAAACGCUGGUGUGAAGAAGCCGGGCCGGGUGUAAGCUAUUCCUUCGUUGAGAAGAAUCCUCAAGUCAAGGGUACAAGGAUCGAUGAUUCUAAUCCGUUUUGGAUGGCCUUUAAGAACGUCUUUUCUGAGAUGGGUAGUGAACUCAAACCGUUUGUUCUUCCAGGCACUACGGAUGCUCGCUUCGUACGCGCGUUGGGCAUACCCGUUCUAAACUUUGCGCCGAUAAACAACAUGACUAUGCUUUUCCACUGCUCCAACGAAUGUUUGAAUAAAGAUGUGUUCCUCAAGGGAAUAGAAAUAUUUACUAAAAUAAUACCGGCCAUUGCGAAUGUUUGAACGCGAUAUAUACAUAAUAUGCAUAUAUAUAUAUAUAUAUAUCAUAUGUCUUUAUUAUCUUGGGCUUAUGUGAAAAAUGGGCGUUUAAUUUAAACCCAUAGUGGCUUAGUGACCAAAAUCCUACGAUGUAUCUUGGAUAUUCCCACAAAUACAAGUUCUUUAAACCUCAAUUACCUUCAAGUAUUUUAACCUAAUGCCCAAGUAGAACAAAAAAUCAUGAUGACAU